AUGAGUGUUCAAAGUAAGCUUACAAACAAAACCGUCGUAUAAUAUAUUAUAUUACAAUCUUACUUACUACUAUUGAGUUUGCCAUUUAAUCACUUAUAUAAAAUUAUUUAGUAUUUACCGAUCCUCACGUUGUAGAAUGCCUUGAAGGCAAACUAUUCCUGGAAAGGUUUAUCGACAAAGAACCCAUCGAAGUUUCUGAGAACCUACAACAACUCACGUUAAGCGCAUCUGUUCCAAAUGACUUCCGGAGUCGUUCGAUCAAGUCAUACUACCAAGAAUGUGUUCGAAAUUUAAUUUCUGUUGCUCCAAACUUGAAAUUGGUCAAAAUAUUGGGUGGUGUCCAAUAUGCUCCUAAAAAUCCGGUAAUUGAGGCGAUUAGAAUAUAAUAUACUACACUUACAUAUUUAAAGCUAAAGAUAUCAUGACGUUCUUUUAUUUUUCUAGUAACAAAAAUAACAUGGCCAAUAAAAAUUUAACUCUACAUUAAUGUAUUCCAGUCCACAUCCGAGCUGCGCAACGAAUUUGUGUUUGUCAAAGAAACCGUCCAAAGCAUUAUCUCGGCCUUUAACAACAAUAACAUAACAUUAUUCGGAAGUUCAACACUUGAUGUCCAUCUUCUGAUCCCGAAGCAACUGGCUCACGACACCGGCUUCCCGGAUAGUGCAGAAUCACUAUUCGGAGUCGCAAACACAAAAGAAAAAUCGGUCGAAAGCCUGAUAACAACGUUUGACAUGGAUAAUGGUGCGACGUUUACAGUCGAGUUAAGUAUUGUUGAAGUUGCGUUCUUCUCUACCGAGUCUCAACAUACUCCUUUCUACGUACCUGAAGAUUAUUGA